AUGGCCACUUUGUCUCCACCACCACACGGGAAUGAUCCCAAUGAACCUAUUGAAACCGAAUUGAAAGACAACAAUCAAUUUAAUGAAGAAAAUCACUCGCCGAGAGGUGGAGGAGGAGGAUUUGGAGCUUCUCCAUCACGAUCCGAUAUACAUCACCAUGACGAUUCUAACACAUCGGAGGUACAACAACAACAUGAAGACUAUUUGGAAAAUCAAAAAUUAGGACCUUGUCUAUACUUUACCGGAAUAUCUGUUGUUUCCUUGUUGUUGGUAUCACUGAUAUUUAGCCCAGCGAUCUCUCUGCUAAUGUUCACUGCAUUACUUCCAUGUCUACUGAUAUUUAUAAUUAUUUAUUGCUUAUUUCGGGACAAAAUUAAUUUAGAACUUAGUUUUCACGUUCUGUGGAGUGGUGCAGUUUCUGUAAUACCCGUGUUUAUCGUGGAGAUUGGUGUUUCCCUGCUGUUUAUACUAUUUCUUUAUGGAGUCAAUGUUUUAUCAAUAGAUGAGAAUAACAUUAUAGGAUCUAUCGAAAAACAAGUAGAGAGCCUCUCAUUUAUUUGGAAAAUUAUUUUCGCAUUGUUUCAAUCCUUUGUGGUUUCUUCAUUCUUUGAGGAACUAGCUAAAGUAUUAUUGGCUCUUAAAACAAGCAGCGGAGGAAGCAUUUUCUCUCUUUGUUGUAAAUUAGGGGAUUAUUCACAAAGACUUUUCUACUUUGACAAUUAUCAUCCGUUACCUCCAAUGCUCUAUAGUUCAUUAACAGCCCUUGGUCUCUCAACAAUUGAAAAUUUAGGAUAUAUUCUAGUUGUUUCAGUGAGAGUAUAUUUUUUAACUGCCAACAUGCCUUCACAAGAAUUGAUUAUUUUACAAUUUGGAGCAUUAACUGUAGUUGGUAGAAUUUUAUUAGCUCUACCCUUGCACACGCUGACAGGUUGCUUAAUCGGAUUAAGAAUCGUUCAGUACAAGAUAAGAAUGGAAACCCAGCAUUUGACGGAGGUUCCAAUUUUCAUCAGCAGCAGAUAUCAGGAAAAUUCAAUGACAAUUUGGCGGAAAAUAUGGGUGAACGUUGAGUUUUUUUGCUUUGUUAUUUACCAACCAGUGUUGUUUCAUGGAUUGUAUGACUUCAUUUUGAUGAUUAAUUUACAUUUUGCUUUCAGUUUGGUGAUGUGUGUUGUUUUGAUCCUUGUUUUAUUCGCCUUUGUGGUGAUCAUGUACAAACGUUUAGUAGUUCAAUGGAGAGACUUGAGUGCUUUGGAAAUAGGUCGAAUUAUUGAUCAGGAUUCAGAAGAAGAGCUCGAAGUUCCUUGA